AUGGAAAAAGAUCGAAGAUCUAAAGUGGAAGAAGAAUACGAGAAGGACAUGCUAGCCUUUACAGGCUGCACACACAACCUCACCUCAAAGGAGGCUGUGGAACUUCGUAAACUGAGGUACAAAACCAAACACUGGAAGGAGAAAAGGAUCAACAGCCAAGAGCGGCGGCUCCUGGGCGGUUGUCCAAUGACACCAAGGGAGGCAGCGCUCUUCCUAGAGGCAAUCGGGUACCCUCAGGCAACCAAAAUCUAUAUAGUCGCAGGGGAGAUUUAUGGAGAAAACGGGCUCAAUGCACUGCUUAAAAAGUAUCCAAAUGUAUACUCUCAUACCACAUUGGCAACAGGAGAAGAACUGGGACAUUUGGAGCACCAACACAAUCAGCUUGCUGCCUUGGACUAUGUUGUAGCACUUGAGAGCAAUGUUUUUGUUUAUACCUAUGAUGGGAACAUGGCUAAGGCGGUUCGUGGUCAUCGGACAUUCGAAGGGUUUCGGAAAACCAUUGAUCCUGACAAACAAAAUUUUGUAAGGCUGGUGGAUGAAAUGGAUGAGGGAAAAUUAUCAUGGGACGAAUUCUCGUUAGAGGUAAAGAGCAUACAUGAACAUAGGAUUGGAGCACCACAUACAAGACAAGUUGGAGAUUCUCCAAAACUCGAGGAGAGCUUUUAUGCAAAUCCUUUCCCUGGUUGCAUCUGUGAGAAAUCUGAAGAUCAAACAGUUGCAAGAAAGUCAGGAUACUAUUGAGCAAAAAAAAGACAAAAACCUUUCCAUUUGUGGAAGCUGGACAAUUAUAUUGAAAGGUGGCUCUCCUGCUCUGAAUUAUGUAGCACCCACUGCCCCUCCAGCAGAUUGAAGAAGCAGAAAUAUGCUGAACUCAAAGCAAGAUGAGACAGUUCCU